AGCAGGUGUGUCUCACGUACAGAUGCAACGGUAUUGCACACGUCUCUUUUAACACAAAACCAGGAAACAAGGGAAUACAACAGUUCUGUGUCUCUGUUUAUAUCUGUGUCUACACACUGUAAAAUGGCAGAAUCCAAUAUUUCAGUGGCUCGGGAUGAGUUCAGCUGUUCAAUCUGUCUGAAUCUACUGAAGGAUCCAGUGGCCCUCACCUGUGGACACAGUUACUGUAUGAGCUGUAUUACAGGCUGCUGGGAUCAGAAGAGAGUCUACAGCUGUCCUCAGUGCAGACAGACCUUCACUUCAAGACCUGAUUUAGGUAAAAACACCAUGCUGGCUGAAGUGGUGGAGAAACUCAAGAAGACAAAAUUAGAAGUUGCUCGUCCUGUUCAGUGUUACUCUGGACCUGGAGAUGUGGAGUGUGACGUCUGUACUGGGGACAAAAACAAAGCCAUCAAGUCCUGUCUGGUGUGUCUGGAAUCUUACUGUCAGACCCAUUUUGAGCGUCAUGAGGAAUUUCGCUCUGGCAAGAGACACAAAGUGACUGAUGUCAUUGGAGAAUUAAAAAAGAUGAUCUGUCCUCAACAUGAUAAACUGCUGGAGAUUUUCUGUCGUACUGACCAGAGCUGUUUAUGUUAUAUGUGUAUGGUGGAUGAACACAAAAACCACAACACUGUAUCAGCUGCUGCAGAGAGGACUGAGAAACAGAAACACUUGGAAGAGACCCAGAGAAAAUUCCAGCAGAGAAUCCAGGAGAGACAGAAGGAGCUAGAUGAGCUGAGAGAGACUGUAAAGUCUCACAAGCGCUCUGCACAGACAGCAGUGGAGGACAGUGAGAGGAUCUUUACUGAUCUGAUCCGCUGCAUUGAGAGAAGCCGCUCUGAGGUGACACGGAUGAUCAGAGAUCAGGAAAAGGUUGAAGUGAGUCGAGCUGAAGAACAACUGAAGCGACUGGAGCAGGAGAUUGAAGAUCUGAGGAGGAGAGACACUGAGCUGGAGAAGCUUUCACACACAGACGAUCACAUCCAUUUCCUCCAGAGUCUCCAGUCUCUCUCUGUUCCUCCUGGAUCUACAGACUCACCCAGCAUCACUGUCAGUUCUCGUCUCUCUUUUGAUGAUAUUGGUAAAUCUGUGUCUGGUCUAAGAGAGAAACUGGAAUAUUUCUGCAGAGAGGAGAUAAAAAAGAUAUCUGCUGGAGUGAGAUACAUUCAGAUAAUUCCCACUCAUGAAUAUGAGAGCAGGAAGGAGUUCCUACAAUAUUUCCAGCGAUUCACUCUGGACCCAAACACAGCACAUAAACGCUUCUGUCUGUCUGAAGGGAACAGAGUGUUUACUGACACUUAUAUAAGCCAGCCAUAUCCUGAUCAUCCAGAAAGAUUUGAUCAAUACCUUCAGGUGUUGUGUAGAGAGAGUGUGUGUGGACGCUCUUACUGGGAGGUUGGAUGGAGUGGACAUAAUUGGUUGAGUAUAGCAGUGUCAUAUAAGAGUAUUGGCAGGAAGGGAGACUGUGCUGAAAGUAGAAUUGGAGCUAAUAAACAUGCCUGGUCUUUGAUGUGCUUUCCUCACAAAUGUCAGUUCUGUUACAGUAAUGUACCGACUGAACUCCCUGCAGUCCCCUGGCCCUCUAGAAUAGGUGUGUAUGUGGAUCACAGUGCAGGAACUCUGUCCUUCUACAGUGUCUCUGACAAAAUGAGCCUCAUUUAUAGAGUCCACACCACAUUCACUCAGCCUCUCUAUCCUGGGUUCUGGAUAGAUCAAAAAAUAAGUGUGAGACUUCUUGAUCCUUAAUGUAGAUGAUAUCAAGAUUCUAUCAAUAAUGACAUGGUUUGAGUUUCAGAUUAUUAUAAUUGUUGUAAUGGACGACUGGGGAAGAACAUAUGGAUAACUUAGAAUAAUACAUGCAAUGUAUUCCAACUGAUUGUUUAAGGCUGAUCAUGUUAUGUUGUUUACAUCAUUUGUUGAUAUUAAAGACAAAAAGAUAUAAGGGUAAAAAUUUUGCAAUCAUGAACAUGCAUUUUCAGAAGAAACAAAUGUAUUUUGUACUUAAACCACGGAUGACUGCUAAUCAUCAUUAAUUCUUUUUUAUAUGUUCUCCAUUCAACUAUCAGAAAAGAAUUUGAGCAUUUUUAAUGUGAUUGAACACAUUAAAUUAAACAUGAAAUGUUGAAGUAGAAAAACUGAAAUAGUAUUUUCUUGUAAAAUGUACUCAAGCAAUCUUUAUUUUAUUUGCAAUUUGGAAAUAUAUAUAUAUAUAUAUUAAA